AUGGACUCAGCUGAUCAAGAUCCUCCAUCCUCCAGACCCAAGAGAGACCUUCGUCUACCAGAGCAUUUGGCCGAAUAUGAUGUCGUCCUCCUUCCCUCUCAGCAGCCCGCUGCCCAAGUCUCCUCACUUCCAGUAGGACAACCCGGCAAGCGUAAGCCUUCCAGAACCGGGAGUGCGUCAGGAUAUCAGUCAUCUACAAGUUCACGACGGUCUUCUCGUUUAUCCCUGGGGAGUCAACUACUGAAGAAUAUGCCAGAUGUUAAAGCAGCUGCGCUGGAAGAGCAGAUCAGAGUUAUGGAGCUUGCGGACCUGCAGCAGGAGAUAGAAGAGGAGAGAGAAGCCGAUUUGGAAGCCAAGAAGUUGGAGGAACAAGUUAAAGAAGGACAACGGAUGCAAGAGGAAGCAUACCUUGCCAAGGAAAGGAUGGCCAAGGAGAUGGGACGGCGCAGACGCCUGAAGAAGUUGGAGAAGGAAAUUAAGAUUGCCAGUGCUGUAAAGUGCUUUCUAUCCGAAUCAGAGGAUGAAGCAAAAGACCGUCUCUUCCACCUUCCCAUGUUGCUCAGCAUCCAGCACAGCCACAGCAGCACCCAGAUCAGACAGCUGGUCCAAAGUGAGCUAGGCUCAAUACUCAACUCACCAGCCAUUAAGUCGGGAGAUGCCGAAGCUUUUGACUCCUUUGCCCUCUCAGUCCAGUCUCUGGUUAGUAUGUUACGCACUCUAGAGGGAACCGUCGGAUAUGAGCUCAGGUGUGGCUCCCAUGUCGACCGCCUUUUAAGUAAGAUGUCCCCGGCCCACAGAGAUGGAUUCGUGGAGUACUGUCUUUGUCGAGGCAUCUUGCAGCCAGGUACGGAUAUAACCUACACUCUGCCCGACCUUGCAGCCUGGCUACAGAUGAAAGCUCAAGCUAAACGCCUGGCCAGUCGGGCCACUCAUCUCUACAAUCCUGGGCCUCUUCCAUCCAAGAGGGAACAACAUGGUUCAAAGUGCAAAGACAGAGCUGCUUCAGUCUUCCUGUGCUCUGAGACAACCAAAGACAGGCCGACCACUCCGCAGAAGCCACAAGCUUCAAAGUUUACACCAUACUGCCCAUUCUGCAAUAAUAAAGAACACUAUCUCAAUUCUUGUCUUGAGUUUAAGAAACUGAAUUUGAGCGAGAUCAAGAAGUGGAUCCAGGAGGGUGAUAGAUGUUUCAAGUGUGGUCGCAAUCAUAAGGCUGCAGCGUGUACCCUCAAACGCCCUUGUAAGACAUGUAAAGAGACCCACCUUACAGUUCUGCAUGACGUCAUCCAAGAGUUAUCCCAGAGAGUCCUUACGGUGAGUCAUCGGGAACCCACGGUCUACAUUGAACAGCCCAGAAGCCCUCAGAGAGUCCUGUUGAAGAUCGUUAAAGUGCUCUUACAACAUGGAAACCGCACUUUGGAGACGUUUGCAGUACUCGACGAUGGCUCUGAAAGGUCGAUUCUACUCCCACAUGCUGUAGAGCAGCUUCAACUCAUUAAGCAUCCUGAAACUCUGCACCUGAGGACUGUCCAACAAGAAGUGAAGGAGCUACAUGGUUCUUCUGUCAGUUUCCACGUCUCACCCAUCUUCAAGCCAAACAAGAGACGGAGCCUUCACCCACCGACACUGCUGCCCCGCCAGCCGGCCAGUGUCCGGCGUCAGUCUGAGCGGAUGACCAGAGAAAUUGUUAGCAGACUUGAAAGAGACUUGCCUGUAUUCAGACAAUGGGAGGAGGAAUUCUAUGACGGCAACGAAUCCAUAAGGCAAGGCGAGUCCGGGCCGUCAAAGAUGCCGACUGCACUGAUAACGAGCUGCCCAGACACUACCAGUCAAAGAGCCAGCGCGUCCGGACAAACUACUACCCAGGUCACUAUCAUAUAUCCAUCACAAACACUGACAAGAGUGUGCGGUCCUGAGGAAGAUCCUAUAGUUAAAUUUAUUGUCCUGAGGCGAUGGAAAGAAGCUGCCACUCAUGCACUGAAACAUCAAGACCUGCAAGAGAAACUCAAAGAGGGAGUUAUUAAAUUAAUAUGUAAAGAAUGUGAGGUGCUGUGCUCUCGCAAGAACGACUUCAUGCUGUGGAAGUCUAAACCAGAAGAUCUGAAGUCCUUCUCCUUCAACAGUUUAAGAGAUGACCUCCAUCGGCUUGCUCCCUUUUUACUCUCUAUUUUCAACUGCAUUAGCAACGAUAACAAGUUAGCAGCCUGUACUGCUGCUGCUGUUGCAAUACGAGGCAGAGAACCCCGCCUCGCUGCACUGUCUUAUUGGAUCAACACAAUCCUCCAGUUCGGCAGAGCCAAAAAGUCAGUCUUCAAUCGUCUCAGCCAGUUAUCUCUCACCACAUCCCAUAACAAAGCAGUGAAGAAACGACACGAGUUGGCCCUUUGCUGUGGGGCUGAGUUUGUACAAUUGAAAGGUGGCUUGAAAGCCACAGAAACCGAAGAACCCCAAAACCUGGAGGACGUGCGUCAGUCAGGUUGCCAGACUCUCUUCCCGAGUCCAAGCCUCAACGUGAACCAGGACAUCCCAGAGACUUCACAAAUAAAAGAGGAGCCAGAGGAACAGUGCAUCAAACAGGAGGAAGAGCAGCUGCAAGAGCCUGUCGUAGAGCCGAAGGUUGAGUGUGUGAAGAUAGAGCCAUCAAUGUUUCAACAAACUGAGGAUAGCAUGGAAAUAAAGGAAGAAGACAUCAACGCAGACUCGUCCGAACCUGGAAAUUAUGAGCCUAUGGUUGAGUGUGUGAAGAUAGAGCCAUCAAUGUUUCAACAAACCGAGGAUAGCAAGGAAAUAAAGGGAGAAGACAUCAAUGCAGACUCUUCCGAACCUGGAAACCAUGACGACUGGAGAUCAUCCCUCAGCUGUGCAGAUGUAGAGAUGGAGGCUGAUGGAGAGGAUUUCCACAAAGAUCAGAUCACAGCUGAAAGCAUGACUGCACAUAACACAAGCCAAUCAUCCAAUUUCCAGUCUGCAGCAGAGACCAGUGCCGCUGUGAACCCUGGAGACUUGUGCACAGAAGCUCGAGGAGAAGGAAAGAAGAGAUACCAAGCUUUGGUGACUGCGCGACUGAGUGCGGCUGCGGAAGACAUAUUUGCGCUGUUUGAAAGAACGAUAGCGGAUUAUGAGAAGGAACUGCGGCUGUGCAAAGAGAAGCUGAGGAGACAGGAGCAGCUGGAGACUCUGAGGCCGAGAGUGAGGACCCCCGGUGUCCAGAUGCCCUCCCAGAGUCCAGACCUCAGUCUGAACCAGACUUCACCGGUUAAACAGGAGCGUGCGGAACAGAGCGUCAGACGGGAGCCUGUCCUAGACUCGAGUGUUGAGGGAGAAGACAUCAAUGCAGACUCUGAAGACUGGAGAACUUCCUUCAGCUGUUCAGAUGUGCAGAAGGAGGCUGAUGGAAAUGGCGUUCAGGUCGCAGCCCACAGCACCACUGCACAAAACUCUGGUCUAUUGUUCAAUUACAAGUCUGCAGCAGAGGCCAGCGUCCCUGUAAACACUGAGGACAUGUCCGCAGAAGCUCAAGGAGACGACGAGAGGAAAUACCAGUGUGAUGUUUACGGCGCCGCUCCCACAGAACACAAACCCUUCAGCUGA